CACUUCCCUUUUGAUCACCAUCAACUUGGCGAGACAGCAAAGAGAAGAGAUACUGCAUAACAUCAUUGACAAUGGCACCACAACUCCCUUUUACGCUCAAAAACCCGGACCUUUUCCGCGAGCAGUCUCUUGUAGGAGGCAACUGGAUCGAGUCCAAGACCGGCAACCGCUUCGAUGUCGUCGAUCCGGGCAACGGCAAAGUUUGGGCCACAGCUCCAGAUAUGGGACCGGAUGAUGUCGACGCCGCAGUCAAAGCCGCCCACGCCGCUUUCCAAGACUACAAGAAGGUCAACCCCAGGCAGCGCGCCCAAUGGAUGCUGAAGUGGGACCAGCUCAUUCGCGACAACCGGGACGAUCUCGCUCAAAUCGUGACCUACGAGUGUGGAAAGCCUCUCGCGGAGUCUCAAGGCGAGCUGGACUAUGCUCUCGGUUUCACCUGGUGGUUCGCCGGCGAGGCUGAGCGUGUGCAAGGCACGGUCCAGACGCCCGCGGCUCCCAACAGGCGUGUAUUCACAGUCAAGCAGCCAAUCGGUGUGGCGGUUGCUUUGGUGCCGUGGAACUUUCCCAUUGCGAUGAUUCUGCGAAAGGCAGGUGCUGCCUUGGCAGCCGGAUGCACGAUGAUCGUCAAGCCCAGUCCCGAGACUCCGUUCUCCGUCGCCGCUCUCGCAUACCUCGCCGAGCAGGCCGGAUUCCCCAAGGGCGUCUUCAGUGUCAUGCCGACUAGCUUGGAUACCACUCCUGCUUUGAGCGAGGCUCUCUGCAGACAUCCUUUGACCAAGAAGGUCACGUUCACUGGCAGCACCCGAGUCGGCAAGCUUGUUGCGAAGAUCUGCUCGGAUGGACUGAAGAAGUGCACCCUCGAGCUGGGAGGCAACUGCCCAUUCUUGGUCUUUGACGAUGCCGAUCUCGAAGCCGCGGCGACUCAACUCAUGGCCCUCAAAUGGCGCCACGCCGGGCAAGCCUGCAUCACCGCCAACCGUGUCUUCGUACAGAAGGGAGUCUACGACAAAUUCGCCGAAAUUCUCUCCCAGAAGACUGCGAAGCUCGUCGUUGGCCACGGCUCAAAGGAAGGCGUCACAAUGGGACCCGUCACGACCGACCGCUCGAUCGGCAAGGCAGAGGCUCAAGUCGCCGACGCGGAGAAGCAAGGAGGCAAAGUUAUUCUUGGUGGCCAUAAAUUAAUGGGCAAGGAAGGAUAUGGGGACGGCUACUUCUUUGAGCCGACGUUGAUCACUCAAGCCAAUGACAAGAUGCUCAUCGCACAGGAGGAGACAUUCGCGCCAGUCCUGGCGCUGUUCGAGUUCGAUACCGAGGACGAGGCCGUCAAGCGUGCAAACGACACCAGUAUGGGUUUGGCGUCGUACUUCUUCACGAAGAGUGUUGACCGCACAUGGAGACUGCUGGAGAACCUCGAGGCCGGCAUGAUUGGCAUGAACACCGGCAACGCCUCCGCCGCAGAGUCACCUUUCGGAGGCAUCAAGGAGUCCGGCUACGGCAAGGAGUCUGGCAAAGACGUUGCUAUCCAGGAGUACAUGAUCACCAAGACUGGCACACUCACGAUCGAUGGGCAAUAUUAGGUGGUCUGAAAUGGGAGGAUUGGAGGAGGACGGGAUUUAUUGAUGUAGUCGAUCAAAAUGGGAAGUGUACAUUUGUUCUG